CCUCGGGUGCGGAGGGCGGCGCCGCGGGGCGGGGGCCGAUGGGGCCUGGCGGACGCGCGGCGCCGGCGCGGGGCUCGGCUGGACGCUGGUGUGCGGGGCUGUGAGGGGGUGAGGCGGGCGCCGCGGCGCGCCCGGGAUGGGCCAGCCCCGGCCUGGCGGGGCCGAGCCGGAGGCGAGGGCGGCGCGCGGGCCCGGCCUGCCGGGCGGGCGGCCCGGGGGCUGAGGUAGAAGUGGGCGCGGAGGAAGGGGCCGAGCCAAGGCGGUGGGUGGAGCGGCGAGGGGGGCGGAGGCUGGGCCGCGGCGGGCGAGCGGAGCGGAGCGGCGCGCCUGUCCUGAGCUCGGCUGCGGCGGCGGCGGCGGCGCCUGAGGAGGCGGAGGCGGCGGCGGCGGCGGGCCCGGACGAGCGCCCGGAGGUGGCGGACGCGGCGCCGGGGGCCCCCAUGGGCGGGUGUGUGGGCGCCCAGCACGACUCCUCGGGCAGCCUCAACGAGAACUCGGAGGGCACCGGAGUCGCUUUAGGUCGUAACCAGCCUUUGAAAAAGGAUAAACCCAAAUGGAAAAGCGAUUAUCCCAUGACAGAUGGACAACUGCGCAGCAAGAGAGAUGAAUUUUGGGAUACUGCACCAGCUUUUGAAGGCCGUAAAGAGAUUUGGGACGCCUUGAAGGCUGCAGCGCAUGCUUUUGAAAGCAAUGAUCAUGAACUGGCACAAGCAAUCAUUGACGGUGCGAACAUAACAUUACCACAUGGUGCGCUUACAGAGUGCUAUGAUGAACUGGGGAAUAGGUAUCAGCUUCCAGUCUAUUGCUUGGCACCACCAAUCAACAUGAUAGAGGAAAAGAGCGACAUAGAGACUCUGGAUAUUCCUGAGCCACCACCCAAUUCUGGGUAUGAAUCUCAGCUCCGUUUGCGCCUUUCCACUGGCAAAGACCUCAAACUUGUGGUCCGCAGCACAGACACCGUGUACCACAUGAAGAGGCGGCUGCAUGCAGCAGAAGGGGUGGAACCGGGUAGUCAGCGGUGGUUCUUUUCUGGCAGACCCCUCACCGACAAAAUGAAGUUGGAAGAGCUGAAGAUCCCAAAGGACUAUGUUGUGCAGGUUAUAAUGAGCCAGCCUUUGCAAAACCCAACACCAGUUGAGAACUGACAUGGCCCUGGCGGCGGUCCCCAGAGCCCUCCUGCUCCUUUUACUGUUGUUGCUAUCAUUUCCUACUCUGUGGCGUGAAAUUUAUUUUCACUGCUCUGAAUUCCGUGUGAAUGGAUUUAGUUCUGAGGAAUUACCAAUGAAAAAUUCCAUCUGUGAUGGAGACCAACAGAAAUAAUUAAUAAAACACAAAGAGCCAGCCUUUGAGACUCAUGUAAUUACAAUUUCUAAUUUGAGAGGCAGUUAAGAAAUAGAUAACCAUUUAUUUUAAAAUACUCAACAACUAUGAAAUGGCUGUAUUUAAAUGAUUUGGACUGUAAAUACAACAGCACCAAGCACCUGUGAAUACAGAAUUCUUAAGAAAUAAAUACAAUUUCCAGAAAUCAUCAUUAACAGUUAUAAAACUUGAGCUUCUUAAAAUGGAAACUGAAAAGAGCAGUGCUUGAGGUUCGCUUCUUUUCUGGUCUUAAUUCUUUGCUCAUUUAAUAUUUAGCCAUAAAGGAGUAGAGACUGGCAAGUUGUGUUUCAGUAUUGCUUUCCCCAUCCCCAUACCUUGAGCUCUUUAUUUACAUUCACACUAAAUUUUGGUGCCUUCCAGCACGUUGGUGGCCGGCACCUUUCUGGAACACUAGGCAAUAAUUUAGUCAGUACAUUCAGAUCUAUGACUUUCAACUUAGUUGAAAAGUCUGUUCUCUUGCUGCGUAGGUAUUUUGAAAUGUCUAUAUAAUGAAGCUGUUUCAUAUCCAGGCUUAGAAGGUCCCUACUGUAUAAUACCUCCAUUGAUCUACCUACUCUGCUUAGAACUUUUCAGCGCUAACUAUGCCCCCAGAUGCAUGGAUACUAGGUCAGGGAAUGCACGGAAUCAAGUACAACUGUUCCCACUGUAGGAUAAUAAAAUAAUUUUCUCUUUUCCCCGAAUUUGCAGGAAGAGUGUAAGGAAAACCCAUUCUGUCUGUGCCUGGGAGAAUUGUGCCUAUCUUCAAUCUUUUAGGAAAAAAUCACAACUCAUAAUUUGCUAGUGUGAAAGAUUUACUGACAUCAGUGAGACCAAAUGAUGAUACAUUGCUUUAUACUUUAGUGCUUUCCGUAGUUCACUGUUACCUAUAGUUGUGGUGGAUGAGAAUUUUCCUCUCUCACCUUUCCUAGCAAAGAGGCAAAUUAAGCAUCUGCAGAUUCUAUUAGAGGACUGAAAAAUUUGGUGAGAUAACCUGCUUCUUCUGUACUAGGACUGGAAUAAAGCUGCCAAGGAUUAUAUUUAAUUUGGAGCCUUUUCAAAGUUGAACCCCUGAGAAUCCAUGAGAUGGAAAAGUAGAGGCAAGAAGGCACUUACGUUGUUCUCAGAUGAGAAAUAAACCUCCACACCGAUUUUGGAUGUGAAGCACCAUUAUCAAUUUUAAUGGCAAAAAGAAACUGCUAUUUAGUUGAAAUGUAAUGUUUAAAAUAGUAUUAAAUUUGCUAUAGCCUGAUUACACAUAAUAUCUAUAAUUGUAACAUAUGUUUCUGAGAGCUUUAACUACUUCUCUUUUUUUAUGCAAUCAUUUUAAAGAUUGUGGCUACAUUUAACUUAGGUUUACUGAUAAUUGAAUCUAAAUUCAAGAGAUGACAGCAGCAUUAAUUCCAAAGGAGUAUUUUUAUAUAUGAGGGUUGAGGUAUGUGAGGGUAUUUCAGUAUAAUGCCCCAUCAUCAAAAUGUUUCUUUGUUAAUUUGUGUGCCACAUUGAACAGCAACAUCUCUCGAAGUUUGUCAACUGGAGGGAAAAAAAGUGUUCAAAUCUAUUUUUCUUAAGUAAAUUUGGUGAUAUAAUAAUCUGUGGUGGGUAAAAGAUGUUUUUGUUUGUUGAGGAUUUGAGCUCUCUUAAGAGUUUAUUUUCUUUUAAAGGAACAUGUACUUUGAAUAACAGUUUUCUGGUCAUGUUUAACCUAGGUGAGAAACCCAUGGUGCUGUUUAAUUGUAAAUAGAUUGAUAUAAGAUUGGACCAAUACUUGAUGUGUACAAUUUUAGUAUGUAGGGUUUUUGUGCUUUUUUUAAAAAAAAAGUUCAAUUUUUCUCUUUGUCUUUGCCUUUAUUCUGGGUUUUUAAUUAUUAUUACUCUCCACAGUAAGGGUAGUCUGCUUCAUUCUGAUUAAAACCUCUAAAAAGGUUUUUCUCCUUUUUGAAAUCUCCCAGGUCAGUAAAUAAAGUUCAUUAUCAGCAGACUUAGGCUCUGCUAUGUCAGACCAUACACGGUCAUUUAUAGAUAUGCUUUAUUUGCUGCACUGAAAUCUUGUUGAAAGUGGUGGUUGUUUUUUCCUUUUAAGAAUCAUGCUGUAAACCAAAACCCAUAAUUCAGUUUUCAGAAGCACUGAGCUCAUUUUUUUAUCCAUUUUGGGUCAAAGUGGCAGGUUUUGAUUGUUAAAUUUUUAUUUAAAAUAGGUGAUACGUAUGCACAGGGAAAAAAUCCAAACAUACCAAAGUGAAAAGUCUCUCUUCAACACCUGUUCUUCAUCGCUCAUUUCUUCUCCCCAGAGGUUAACAGCUGUUCCCAGUUUCCCCGAUAUCUUUAAAGACACUCUAGCACAGUGGUUCUCAAACUUCAACGUGCAUCAGAAUUACCUGGAAGACUAAUUAAAACACAGAUUGCUGGGCUCUUCCCUCAGAGGUUCUGAGUUAGUAGGCCUGAGUGGGGUCCAAUAAUUUGCAUUUCUGAAAGUUCCCAGGUGAUGCUGCUGCUGCUAGUCUGGGGAUCCCAGUGUGAGGACCACUGUUCUAGUGUAUGUGAGUAUAUUUACCCACCCUACCCUGUUUUUUCCAUAAACCCAUAUGCUAUUCUAUGCAUUUGAUUUUUCUCUAAAAUGGUGAAUCUUAGAGAUUGUUCCAUAUAAGUAGAGCUAGAUCUGUUUCAUUCCUCUUUUAUGUGCAGCAGUAUUUCAUUGUCUGGAAUGUCAGUACCACAGGUCAGUCUGGCUGUUUCUAGACUUCUGGAAAUGUAAACCAUGCUACUGUGAAAUGUCCUUUUCUAUAGCUACAUCUUUAUGUCUGUGUACAUCUAUAGAACACAUUCCUGAAGAGGGAGAUUUGCUAGAUCAAACAGUAUAUACAUUUAGAGAGUAGAUGCUGAAUUGCCCUCCAAAUAGAUUUUUACCAAUUUAGUAGUGUAGCAAUAUGACUGCUCUUAUUUUCCUAUACCCUGACCAACUUAUUGAUCUUUGACAGCCUAGGUGGAAACCUGUGUGACGUGUGGUUUUACUUUGUGUUAUGGGAUCUUAGUUCCCCGACCAGGGAUUGAACCUGUGCUUUCAUCAGUGAAAGCACAGAGUCCUAGCUACUGGACCACCAGGGAAUUCCCACUAGGUCCAUUUAGUUUUUGUAGUACCAUUGUGGGGAAGAGAGAAGAUUUGGCUGCUAAACAUUGCUCAUGCUUUUAAGUGUGUUAUCAAAAUCUCAUGACUAUUAGAGUAAAUAUAGAGAAUGUUCAUAGUAA